CCGCAAUAUACAGACUGAAAAGUAAGCUACAAACAUACUCUGUACGUGUCAUUUUGCAUGCGUCGGCCUCUGUGGAGUUCUGUUCAUUGCCCUGAUGCCUUUUCUUUUUGUUUCUGCCUCAGGCUCCAACGGAAGCAUAAGAACAGUCGAGGUGAAGAACCAGCAUGCGUGAUCCUUCUGCACCAUUGGGUGCUUGGAUCUUCGCUCCUGGCCAGCCAAUUCAAAGUAAGGUCUAGGUCAUUUAGAUACGCUACUGGCCGACAAAGCCUAUCAGAUUCUCUCUCGCUGGUGUUGCCAUCGGCGGCAGGGCGCACGCCAUAUCCCCUCCCACCAGCAAGGGGCCACCCGAUCUCUGUCUAGCAACUCAGUUCAUCCACCGUGAAACCAGUGCCGUAUUAAGCGUCUCACAGCUGCAUCCUUGCAGCUUCCCCACCCUGUUCUCGGCCGGGUUAUGUAUAACGCCAUCAUAGCCAAGAACAGCGUGACACUGACGUUUAUCGGCGAGCCGCUAGGCAUUGUGCUCAUCAGGCAGAUA